CGCUGUCCAACUCAAAAAUUCAAAUCCAAGAUGUCGGGCCGACCGUCCCGGCCCGGGACAGGCGCGGGGACCGCCCCUCGGCAGCCGACCGCGCGGACUCGGAGGACGACCUGCGCAAGUGAGGCGAGGUCCAGCAGCCUCACGCGGCCGACGGUCGCGUCCCAAGCGCGAAUCGUGACCAAGGCAACGCUGCCAGGCCAAGCGACGAAGCGGCCGAUCACACUCAAGGGCAGCACCACGGGGCGCGUCCAGCUCAAGCCAGCUGCCCGGAAGCCUGCGCCGCCGAUGAAGCGACCUUUGACGAUCCCGAAGAGUCCCAACUUUGCGACGUCCAAGCGGCCACCGCGCACCAAGCCCGAGCCGGUCCCGCCGCCGCCCGCGAAACCGGUGCAACGCCGGCCCCAUCCUCCGAUGAAGCGUCGACUUACGAUUCCAAAGAGCCCAGACUUUGCAACGUCGCACCGUCCGCCACGCGCGCGCGAGCAAAAGGUGAGCGCGACGACCCAGGAGCUGCAAGACAUUGCCAACGAACGGCGUGCCAUGAUGCUCGAGCGCCGGCGCUUCCAGCGCUACCAUCGCGCGACGCAAGGCUUGCCAACGAAGACUCCGACGCAGGGUCCGACCUUUGCGAUGAAAUUGCGCUCGGCUGGCGUCCUCGGCGUCCCCGCCGUGCGUCGCCCCAAGCUCACGCAGGUGCACGAGUUCCGCUUCCAAACCGACGUCCGCGCUCUCAAGAAGGAAAAGGCCGACGCGGCCAAGCGCCGGCUGGAAGAGAAGGAAAAUGCUGCCGACCUGCCCUCCAACAAGCGCCGCAAGUUUCGCUGACGUGGCUUGUACGACGGCCAAAUUGCCGCUUCUUCAUAUGACAUUUCUGUUGUUGCUUGUGAAGACAAAGGGUCAUCGUG